AUGUUUAUAAACCCUAUUAACUCAAUGUUCUUCUGCUUACCAUAUUUUUAUUCCUUUCAGUUGCCUCAACCCUUGGUUAAGGAGGAGGCUUCAGAUACUGAGAAAGAAUAAACCGUAGAUAAUAUUUAAGAACAAACGAAUGCUAGUGGAAUAGUGCGAGGAAAAGGGUAGCUAUGGUCUAAAGAGGAGGUGGACAACUUAGUAAAAUACUAUAAGUAGUAUCAUGGGGAUUGGAAAAAGGUCAUCAAACACUUGAAAGGAAGAAACAUUUCCCAGUGUUCAUAGAAGUUUCGAAAGCUUUAAGAUUAAGAUAAAAGAACAAAAAGGAAAUGGUCGAGUAUGGAGGAUAAAAUACUAUUGGAAAGUUACGAGUAGCAUGGAAGACAAUGGAUUAAGAUAGCUGAAAGUAUUAUGUCAAAUUACUAAAUAUAGAACUUCCGGGAAGGACUUCAAAACAAGUCAGAGAUAGAUAUGUAAAUCAAAUAAACCCAAUACUCAACCAUUAGGAGUGGAGUGAAGAAGAGGACUAAAUAAUAAUGAAGUAAUUUUAACAGAAUGGACCACAUUGGGCUCAGAUAGCCAAGCAGCUGAACAACAGAUCUGUAAUUCUGUAUUCUUAAAUUCUAGGAAAAUUAAGUCAAAAAUCGGUUCUAUUAUACUAUACACAAAAAGUAUAAUGGGGAGCUACAUCCAUAUUUGAAAAUUUAGAAUUGAUUCUCGUUAUUUCACUCAAUUUUAAUAUAAU